CGGGCGGGACCCAGGCUGGACCGCGGGCCCCGGCCUGGGGGCCACAGCUGCCACCGCCGCCACCUCGUCUCCUCCCCGUCCCUGUCCCGCCCCGCGUCUCCUCGCCUCCUUCGGGCCGGCGGCCGGGGUCCCUCCCCGCCACCCCACCCUGCACGGAUGCCAAAGGUGAAGGCGCUGCAAUGCGCCCUGGCGCUGGAGAUCCGCUCUGUAACUUGUCCAGGAGUGCUGCUGAAAGACAAGGAGGACAUCUAUCUCAGCAUCUGUGUGUUUGGCCAAUACAAAAAGACACAGUGUGUCCCAGCCACUUUUCCAUUGGUCUUCAAUGCCAGAAUGGUGUUUGAAAAGGUGUUCCCUGAAGCAGUCGACCCUGGAGAUGUGGUUGCACAGCUUGAAUAUGAUACAACAUUAUUUGAGUUGAUUCAACUAGUUCCACCAGUGGGUGAAACACUGUCUACAUAUGAUGAAAAUACACGAGAUUUCAUGUUCCCGGGUCCAAACCAAAUUUCUGGACACCAUGAUUCAAACCGCCAGGUUACCAUGAGGAGGCUUUCUGGCCUUCGAGGAAUUGCUCCAAAGCUGGAAUUUUCUACAACCUCAGUGAUUACCGAAUGUCUGAUAAGUUCAAGGAAGUGCCGCACUCAGGAUAAAUAUAUGUACCAUACGGCUCCAGUUGAAAAAUCACACGGCAGACUGCAAAGCAGAACAUCAAGAUCACAAAAGAAAAAAUCCAAGUCACCUGAGAGAAGUAAAUAUUGUGUAAAUGCAAAAAACUACGAACAGCCUACGAUUUCUUCAAAAUCACACUCUCCAUCUCCCUACACAAAAAGACGCAUGUGUGAGCUAUCUGAAGACACCAGGCGGCGGCUGGCCCAUUUAAAUCUGGGACCCUAUGAAUUCAAAAAAGAAACAGAUAAACCUCCAUUUGUGAUUAGACAUGUUGAUCCUCCAAGUCCCAGGGCUGAUACUGUAUUCGGAUCUUCUGGCAGAGACUGUGAAAGAGAUGGAUGGUCCAGGAUGCACAAUGAUCACUCUCAUCUUGGCAGCUACCGACCCAAGGAUUAUAAGGUUAUCAGGACCCCCCAUGGAAGAGACUACGAUGACUCUUUGGAAAGAUGUGAUGAGUAUUUGAGCCCAAGGUCAUGUAGCAAGCCCCAGCAUUCAGCGAGGACCUUACUUGUUCAUUCGGCACCCUCAACAUUGCUGAAGCACCCUCCAAGCCCUGUGUUAAAUCGAGCUUCUCUCAGGGAAAGAUUCCAUUCUGAUUGGUGUUCACCUUCAAACUGCGAUGAGAUCCAUGACCGGGUAAAAAAUGUCUUGAAAUCACAUCAGGCUCAUCAAAGACAUUUAUAUGAUGAGAGAGACCCAGAGAAAGAAGAUGAACUGGAAAUGAAAAGAGGUCUUUUAUACAGAGACUAUGCCUAUGACAGUGACCCCGAGUAUUGCUCGUUCCAGCGGCCACAUGGCACUUUCCACGUGGAUGAUGGCGAAUACUGGUCCUCCAGGGCAGGCUCUUACAAAGGGAAAUCCCACCGGCCCAUCUUCGAGAACAGCAUGGACAAGAUGUACAGGAACUUAUACAAAAAGGCCUGUUCUUCUGUUUCUCAUACACAGGAAAGCUUCUGAGACCGCCCACGAUAAACUGUAUGAGUGCCUGUGCCAACCUCUCAAUGAAAACGUUUGAUGUGAUCAGUAUCUGCACUCCUUU